AUGGGAACGAUUCAAAUCGGCUCAGCCAUUGUGCUUACUUGGGCCUCAACACCAAUCAAAAUAUCCUGCUCUGUAACCUCACGCCUCGCUUCGUUGAAGCGGUUCACCCCGGCUCUCACCCGCGCCUUCACUCACUCGCUCGCCCGUGAUCCCGGCAAUAAUAUUGGAGUUCUUGUCCCCGUCGUAUCCCAAUGUCUCGAGAAAGCUGCUCUGUACCGGCCGCAGCCCAAGGCUGUCUUCGGGACGCGAAGCGCAGCACUCCCAAGCGAUCGACGCCGGCUUCGUCAAGGGGCGGAACUACGACUCUGUGGAUGCUGCUAUGAACCGGCGCCAGGCGGCGAAGUAGUUUGGCAGCUUCAGGACGGUAGCGAACAGCGUCAGAAGCUUGGCUUACUUGCUUUUCUGGGGCGCAUGGGGCAACGCAAGGCCUCGGUCGUUGAGGAUGGUGAGUACGAGAACGAGAACGAAUUGCCCAGAACGAGGCCUCGGCCAAUCUGGAUCUCGGAGCGUAUCCCUCAAGGCGCAAAAUACUCACUAAGCUAUGAAAUGUCGCGUUUCAAAGACAAGUGCCCGCACCAAUGCAGGAACCACUUCUCAGCCAGAUCCGUCACAGAUACCGUUUGCCCGUCAUUACGCACUCGUUAG